AAACUCCCAGUCAUAGUGAAGGACAGCAGUUAAGGUGUCAGAACACACACAUAGGCUUCCUCUCACUUGGCCAUUCUCUCUUACAACAACUGGAGGAAAGUGACACUACAGCUACAGCUGCUGGAGUAGGUUCCGCAGUUUGAAGUCCAGAAUGCACAUCCACAUCUCAAAAGCCAUACUCCAGGAGAAAUGGAAGUGAUGGAUACACAGUUCUGAUAGAUCAGUCUACAAUAAUCAGGCAUGGCUAAGGGGGCACGGGGUCCGAAGGUGACCUUGAAGAUGGCGAAGGGCCGCAUGAAGGUCACAGCUGACGGACGAUGCAGACUGGACCUCAGCAGGAUGGGCCUGACUGCGUUUCCUGCGGUGGUCCUGAAGCUGAAAGGGCUGAAUGAGUUGGACCUGAGCCGUAACCAGAUCGAGGUUCUACCUGCUUCAGUGGGCCAGAUGACCGGCCUUGUCAGUCUGGACCUCCACUUCAACAAGCUGGACGCCCUGCCAGACACACUAGCACAGCUCACCAGCCUGGAGAACCUGAACCUGGCCCAAAACAACCUGGAGGAAGUGCCGCCGUGUGUGGGCCAGCUCAACUCCCUGCAGCAGCUGAACCUGGGCCUGAACCGGCUGCAAACCCUGCCCUACUGCCUGGCCUCCCUGCCAAACCUCACACACCUCUCCCUCUUCGACAACCAGUUUGAGCGCCUGCCCGAGUGUGUGACGGCGCUGACGCCCCGGCUGCAACACCUCAGCUUGCACAGGAACCCCCUGAACACACACACACACUCAAACUCGCCGCGGCCCUCCACGGCCCCCUCUGCAGGUCAGCGGGGGAAACAACAGGAGGCAGAUAUGCCAACACUGGUGCCGGCAUCCUGGCUAUGCAAGCCCUGCCUACAGAGUGCCAAGGGACACAAGGGGAGGUGCCAGGAGGAGGAGGAGUUUCGAGAGGGGCGUUUCCUUGGGAUGACCACGCCCAACUCAGUGGCCAUCAUGAACCAGCACAUAUGGAGAAACACACACACACACCACACACACACGGCACGCGUUGCAUGGACCUGACACACACACACACACACACACACACACACACACACACACACACACACACACACACACACACACACACACACACACACACACACACACACACACACACACACACAUACUUUUUAUAUUUGUCACAAAAGCAAAAAGCAAAUCCACAGAUGAGGAAUGCUGCUAGGAGGUUGUGGCGUUCAAUUUUUUUUUAAUUAAAUAAAUUUCACAACGAGAGCAAAUAUAA